AUGAGUGAAUUCUUUUCAGUAAAUUCUACGACCGCAAGUGAUGAAACAGAUCCAAUGAGACUUGAAUUAGAUCGCGUGAAAGCUAAAGCUGCACAAGAGCAUGCAAAAAUUAAAGCAUUAAAGAAGCAAGUUUCCGAUUUAACAUUAAAAAAUCAGCUUUUAGAAGAAGAAAAUAAAUUAUUACAAGCAACUAGAGUUGUUCCGCCUCAAAAGCCACAAGAAACUGUUAAAAUGAUUCCUCAAACAAAAGUUACCGAAGUUUUACUUGGUUUCGAUCAACUGAUUGAACAAAAUAGUAAGGAAAUUAACAAGCUCAUGAAUGAUAGAGAUCGAUUAUCUUCAGUAUGUUUUAAUUCUAUAUCAUUAAUUUCUUCUCAAGAAAUUAUUAUCAAAAAAUUUAAAUCUGCAACACAAAAACUACUUAGAUUUGUUAACCAUUAUGGAGAAACCUAUGAAUCAAUUGUGCGUGACUUCAGAUCCCUUGGAAUUGAUGUUUCUUCAGACUUAAAUUCAAUAAAUCGUACCUAUCAAGUUAAUACAAUCAUUAAUAAUGUCUCUCUCGAUAAUAAAAAGAAGGUUGAUUCUAGUGAGAUUCAACAAAUCUUGCAAUUACUUCCAAAAACAAAUAUGAAUGAUGCUUCUCUUAAAACUGUAACUCAAUAUCUAUAUCAGCAGAUUGAUGCCGAAAAAGAAUAUAAAAACACUAUAGAGGAAUUAAGUAAUCAAAAGAAGCAAGUAGAGGUCGAUUACAAUACAUUAUUAGCAAAACUUUGCACAAACCAAACAAAAAAGGUGAACUUAAAGCAUGCAAUGGAACAGAUAGAUAUCUACAAUCAGAGAAGUAAACAAGCUUCAAAUCUUGAAAAUCUUGUUUCAAAUUUAGUCGAUACAUUUGCUUCAUUCGGGGACAGAUUUGACAAUGAUCCUGACAUUCAACGCUGCUUAAGUCGGAUUCGAUUUUGGCUUCAGGGUUCACCAGCAGAAAUUAACAUAGUUCAAGAAAUAGAUUUCCUACUUGGAAUGUGUUUAACAGAAAAGAAAGUCCAAAAGGUUUCGAAUACACACGCGUACAAUGACGAUUCCUCUUGUUCAUUCAAAGAUCACAGGUAUAAAAAGUGUUGCUAUGAAAGGAAUAUGAUUCGUCAGGUGAAGGAGUUAAAGGAAUCAGUUAUUGAUAUGAAAGACAGACUUGAAGAUGUUAACCGAAGAAAAUGCAGACGUUAUUAA